AUGUCGCGCUCGCUACCAACGGCGCUCAAGUCGCUCAUCAAAGCGCCCACAUUCGCUGCGAGACCCUCGGCAGUACAUACGGGCAAGACGCUGCCGCCUGGUAGACAAUCGGGUCCCCUUGCUGGCCCGGGGGAUGAGAAGUUGAAUGCGCUAUUUGACAAGAUCGACCAGGAAGCAAAGGAUCGCAAGGUGGGAUGGAACGAGUGGGGCUGCUUUGCAACCGCUACCCUCGUCACUCUGAACGCCAGCUCUUCCUUGGCGGCUUUGCACAGACAUUCUGUCGCUUCGCCAGCUUUGCGACUCUCUCUGGAAGAGAAGCUCAACAGAGCUCAAUUGAUGAGAGAGACGGGUCUGAAGUGUAUCGGUUUCAUUGGCAUACCUAAAGUCAUCAAUAAUCUCGCUGCACUUCGCGCAGCUGUGGAAGAGGACAAGGAGCUAGUUCAGGCACUGCCCACGGAGCCGCGAAGGAAAAUCACGCCCGAGCUCUUGCCGCGAGUCGAAGAGGCGGCGAAUGCGCUUUGGGACAACAUCUACACUCCUCACUCCUCAAAGCUGCUCAAGAUUCUGGGCAGAUCGCACCCCGACUUGCCGGUCUUCAUCGUGGAUGGAGAGUACGGACCACUGUUCAGCCCUCCGCACACCUUCGCAGCUCCGAACCCACCCCCCAGUCUAGCCUCGUCUGAGGAGCCUCCUGCUCUGGAACCUGUCUGGGAGGUAGGAAGAUUGAGGACCAGCUUGGUUGCUGUUGCGAGUCUUCGAGCACAGGGUGGAGUGGGACCUCAAGUCACCAGCCACGUCUGGGGUCUGCUCAAGGCCGCGUCGAGCUUGAAAAAUGCGGAGACGCAGCUAGACAACGAAGAGAUCGGGAAGAGGUGGCUGACGACCGAGGAGGGCGCGCUGUGGGUUGUCAGGACAGUCGACGGAAUUUGCGAGGCAGUCGAAGGCGCAGAAGUGGCCGAGACUGCUAGCCGCGAAAGCAAGCUAUGA